AUGACGUACAAUGAAGUUUAUAUCACGGACGAGAUGGUGGGGAGGAAGCUGGGGGAGUUUUCGCAUUGCGUGGAGGGUUUACUGAUGGCAUCUAUUGUGCUUUCUCUGGUUUUAGAACACGGAAGCUUUUCCGAUAUGAACACUCGAAGAAUUAAGAGGAUCUUCAUGCUGCGUUUGCAGAUGGAUGGGGGUGUGGAAUUUACUAUGGAGCAGGAUGGAUUUUCUACAUUGCUUUCCCACGAGGAAGAUGUUGUUAUCUGGUAG